CUGAGGCUGGGCAAGGGGAGGUGGCGCAGGCCAUGUGGCGGACCCUGCGUUACCUGGGCGGUGCCUGCGGUCGAGACCCAUGCCGCUUUGCUGGGGGCUUCCUCCCGGCAAGCAAGCGGGCAUCCUGGGGGCCCGGGCUUCUGGCGGGGGGUGGCCGCAGCUCCAGCACCAGCUCAUUUGAUAUAGUCAUCAUCGGGGGCGGAAUUGUGGGGCUUGCCUCUGCCAGAACACUCAUCCUGAAACAUCCUGGACUUUCAAUUGGUUUUGUGGAAAAGGAGAAAGAUUUAGCUCUUCACCAGACUGGACGGAACAGUGGUGUCAUACAUAGUGGAAUUUACUAUAAACCCGAAACCCUGAAGGCUAAAUUGUGUGUGGAAGGUGCCGCUCUCAUCUAUGAGUACUGUGACCUCAAGGGAAUCCCCUACAAGCAAUGUGGCAAGCUGAUAGUAGCUGUUGAACAAGACGAAAUUCCCAGACUUCAGGCUCUGUAUGAGAGAGGUCUGCAGAAUGGAGUCCAAGGCUUGAGACUGAUCCAGCAGGAGGAAAUAAAAAAGAAGGAACCGUAUUGCAGGGGUCUAAUGGCUAUUGAUUGUCCGUACACUGGCAUUGUGGACUAUAAACAAGUAGCUCUGUCAUUUGCCCAGGAUUUCCAAGAUGCAGGUGGCUCUAUCUUGAAAGGUUUCGAGGUAAAAGAUAUUGAAAUAGCUAAAGAAAGCCCGUCCAGAAGUAAGGAUGGGGUGGACUAUCCAAUUGCUGUCAAGAAUACUAAGGGAGAGGAAGUUCAGUGUCGCUAUGUUGUGACGUGUGCAGGACUUGACUCAGACCGUAUUUCGGAGUUGAGUGGCUGUAAUCCUGAUCCUCAAAUUGUCCCAUUGCGGGGAGAUUACCUGCUCUUAAAGCCAGAAAAGGGCUACCUUGUAAAAGGAAAUAUUUAUCUGGUCCCGGAUAGCCGCUUUCCUUCCUUAGGGGUUCACUUCACACCAAAGCUGGACGGCACUAUUUGGCUGGGGCCAAAUGCGGUGCUUGCCUUCAAGUGGGAAGGUUACAGACCCUUUGACUUCAAUGCCAGAGAUGUUACAGAAACAAUUCUCAAGAGUGGUUUCAUUAAAAUGGUGCUUCAGCAUUUCUCUUACCGAGCAAAUGAAAUGUAUAAAGCCUGUUUCCUAGUGAAACAUCUUCAGAAGUUCAUCCCUGAAAUCACCACCAGCGAUGUGCUUCGAGGUCCAGCUGGAGUACGAGCCCAGGCCAUGGACAGAGAUAGAAAUCUGAUAGAUGAUUUUGUGUUUGAUGGAGGAGCUGGGGAUAUUGGAGAUCAUGUUCUUCACGUGAGAAAUGCACCUUCCCCUGCCGCCACCUCUUCCCUGGCGAUUUCCAGAAUGAUGGCAGAUGAAGUACAGCAGAGAUUUAAGUUAUGAACAA